AUGCAGCCCUCGUCAAAGCCCAAUCGCACCUCGGACGGCUGCUGGACUUGUCGGCUACGCAAAAAGAAGUGCGACCUUGGCCAGCCAACGUGCGUAAGCUGCGCGUCUCUCGAGAUUGAAUGCAUGUACAGCGACGCCAAGCCGCAAUGGAUGGACGGUGGCGAGUUGCAGAGGGGACGGGCCGAACAGGUCAAGGCCGAAGUCAAGCGGCGGGCGACAUUGCGGCGCGAGAAACGUCAUGUGGUCGGCGACAUGGAUGGUGAAACUAUGAUCGACCUGGAAAUGGCAGACGGGCUGGACGGCGUGCACCUGUCAGCUAGGGCUGCUCGACUAAACGGCGACGUGGGAUCGGCCAGAGCUUUUGCCACCUCGGAGCGGUCGGGCGCCAUCGAUGGGGACUCGUUCGAUGCGGCGACAGACACACCGCCGUCGUCUUCUUGGACGACCGAGCAUAGCCCCGACUCGUCCGCGACUGGUGUCUCGCCGGCCUCUUCGCGCGACCAUCACCAUCAUCACCACGAUGGGCCGGCGGCAGAGGUUGGCACAGUGCUCCCGAACAGUAGGGAACUUAUGCAGGUUAUGGCCUACCUCGACUACGUCUUUCCGUUCCUCUACCCAUUCUACCGCCCGCCGAUAUUCUCAGGCGGCCGCGGCUGGCUGCUGACUCUGCUGAUGAGCAACAAAGCGCUGCUGCACGCGUCGCUCACCCUCGUCUCGUUCUUCCUGGCGGUGUGGUUCCACCAGGAUGGACACAGCGAUGGACACAGCGAUGGACGCACCGGAGACGGCAAAAAUGAUGGCGGCGGCAGCAGCAGUGGAGCACCAGCAGAUCCAGGGGGAAGGGGCCGGCACGUGCGUACGUGCCAAGCGGCGGCGUGGACGGAAAUGCAGACUCAGCAGGAGCUUAGCAUGCGCAGCCUGAUGAAGGACAUUGCCGACAUCAACGAGCACGGGGUCAAGGGGCGGCUCAGGGAGGGGAGCAGGACGCUAGCGUCCAUCAUCCAGAUCCUCUGCUUCGAGGUAGCCGUGGGCAACGCCACCGGGUCCUGGAGCCUCCACCUCGACGGCGCCAUCGUGCUGCUCGACCAGAUGCUGCAGCUCAACGCGCGGUCCCUCCGGGGCCCCGCGGGCGACACCAUGGUCUGCUGGCGGUCACUCAUGGUCGCGCUCGAUCUGGAGGACGGCGGCGAGGGCAGGAUGUCGUCUUGGCUGUUGAGCUCGGACCAGGCCGCGCUGCAGUUCUUCUCGGCCGCCGCCAUCUACUUUGACAUUGUCAGCAGCACGGCGCUCGAGCAGGCCCCGCGGCUGGCGGGCUACCACCCGUCGCUGCUAGCCACACCCUCGGAGCACCUGGCCGCGGCCUCGCCCUUGGUCCCAGCCGAGCUGGUCAUGGAGCACGCGGGCCCGCGGGCCCUGGCCGAGGACCUGCCCCCCGUCGACCUCGGCGUGGUCAGCGGGGCGGCCAACUGGGUGCUUGUGUGCGUCGGAAAGACGGCGGGGCUGGACGCGUGGAAAAAGGCCGAGAGGAGGCACGCGCGGCUGGACGUGAUCGAGCUGGUGACCAGGGCCGGGGUGAUCGAGCGGAAGUUGCGCCGAGGGCUCGAGAAGAUGGACGCGGCGGCGAGCGGGAGGAGGCGCCAAGGUGGGCAAGAGGUAUGCGUGAAAGACGCUGCCGGAAACAAGCUCCCGUCUUACACUCCGCCGCCGCCACCGAUCCUAUCAAACUGCCCGUCCCACGGCCCUCCGGACGAGGACACGCACGGCCUGACGACGCGCAUCUGGGCGCACGCGGCGCUCGCGUACCUCGCCGUCGUCGUCAACGGGUGGCAGCCGGCCUCCGGGAUGAUCCGGGCCAGCGUCGACGCUGCGCUCUCGCUCUUAUCGGCCCUGUCGGCCAGCAGGCCGUUCUGCUUGCAGACGGUGGGCUGGCCGCUGGCGGUGGCCGGGUGCCUCGCGGCGAGGGAGCAGGAGCAGCGGUUCAGGGCGCUGCUGGAGGGCGUCCGCAGCUCCCUCGAGGUGUUUGGGGCGGUCAGGGAGGCGCUGGGCGUCAUGGAGGGCGUCUGGGCGCGUAGGGGGGAGAUUGAGGGCGCCGCGGUCGAAUGGGAUCUGAGUAGGUGUUUUGGCAUCAAUGGGCGGAGGGCAUUUUUGGUCUAA